AUGACGUUGUUCACGUGUGUUUUUCCAGCAUGGUGACCACCUUGGACUGUAAAUACAGAGACAGAGCUCAGAGACAUGAAGGCGGACGGGUUGUUAGCUGUUACACUAUGAAUGGAGUAAGUGGAAUCUCACUCAGCUUUAUCUGCUUUUAACACACUGGAUAGAUCUCACCUUUAUUUUUAUUUUAUAUAUUGUUCUAAUCUGAAGUAAUGGCUGUGCAAAUGCCCUUUGCUGGACUUCUGCACAGACUGCUGAGAAUCAGCACAUGCAGUCAAAGACUUCUCUGUAACAGGGACAUACAUGCAAAACUGCAUAAAUGUAGAAGAGAGGUAAGAACCUUUUCUACUGGUUCUGUGACCUGGAACCAGAAUGAGGGAGACGACCCAGAGUCUUCAUCCCUGACCUCCAGGCAAGCACUGCUGUCCAGAAGGAGGCGAUCCCUGUCUCCCCUGGAGAGGAUCAGUGGCCUGCUCCCCCAGGAUGCCCUGAGUCCCGAGGUGAUGCAGCUGAGGGAGCAGAAUCAGCAGGACGUCCAAGUACCGGUCACACACUGCACACCAGAGGAGAGUGGACUAGGGGAAAGCCCCAAAAAGGAUGAUUCAGAGAACCAUCAUGCUGCUGUGGAGCCACACACCCAGGAAACAUCAGCUACUCUUCCUGGGGAGAGCCUGCUUGCGUUUGGGGAGCAGCUUGUCGCUGAGUAUCGCAGGAAGGGUCGGGUGCAGUUCAGGAAGAUGUUCCAGCUUCAGGCAGGGACACGUCUGCAGAGCAGCUGGGGGACCAUCCUACAUGAUGACAUAGCUGGGCAGCCCGCAGGUCGGUUUUUAAAGACAGGCAGGGGGGUUCCCAUCCUCAUACGUCGGGCUAGUCUGGAGGACUAUGUGCUGUUUAUGAAGAGAGGGCCAGCCAUCGCCUACCCUAAGGAUGCAUGUACUAUGCUAAUGAUGAUGGACGUCACAGAGGGAGACUGCGUGUUGGAGUCGGGCUCCGGGUCCGGGGCCAUGUCUCUGUUCUUGUCCAGAGCAGUUGGCUCUAAAGGCAGUGUGGUGAGUGUGGAGAUCAGAGAGGACCACCACAAGAGAGCUGUUCUCAACUACAAACGCUGGAGGACAUCGUGGAGUCUGCGGCGAGGGGAGGAGUGGCCCGACAACGUCCAGUUUCACAAGGCUGACCUCUGCACGGCUUCCCCGCUCCUCGCUGGUCGGGGCUUCCAUGCGGUUGCUCUCGACAUAAUUAGUCCUCAUCUGGUUUUACCCACAGUGACUCCACAUCUGCACCCUGGAGCUGUGUGUGCUGUCUACCUUGCCAAUAUAACACAGGUCAUGGACCUGCUGGAAGGCCUCCGAUGCUCGGCGCUGCCUCUUCUGUGCGAGCACAUCAUCGAGGUUUCGUUCAGAAAUUGGCUGGUGGCUCCAGCCCUCCAGAAAGACGGCGGGUACUGCGUCAGGAAAGCUCCGAUCCUGCAUGAAGACCAGAGGGACGAGACGUCGGAUGAGACAGACGAAGAAGAGGCAACAUCAGCAGAGAAGCACCCAGCCUUCGGGAGUAUUCCCUACAUUGCCAGACCUCAUCCUGAACAAAUGAGCCACACAGCAUUCCUGGUGAAACUGAGGAAGUAUGUGGAGUAGCUGUCCUGACUGUAAGGAACAUUUGACAAAUGAUUGCUACAUAUCAACCAAAUUACGUCCUGUGUGUUUGAAAAAUAAAUGGUCAAAAAAAUAAAAGAAAUCUCAAGACAAAUAAAGUUCAUACUUUUAUUCAAAACUCAAAA